AUGCAGGCAAAACUGUUCAUGAUCCCUUGGAUCAUCCCGCUGGUCGUUGCUCAACGAGUUCCUGCUCCAACCAAUGCCGCUCCUUCUACCCAAGCCCUGGUGAAUUUUCUACCGUAGCUACGUGAAAACAUCUUCAAAUUUUCUGAAAAUCAAUCUGGGUUCACGUGGAAUAGUGUAGAUUGGCAAACACUAAUCCUAGUCUUUUCAGACGAAUGAUCUUCUCGUUGACGCUCAUCAGCGCCAUUUCUACGAGAUGCUCCGUCGACAACAGCAAAUCAACGACGCACUUCUAUUGAACAACGCCCUUCUCCACCCGCACAUUCCUCAGCUACACAUUCCGACCAAUCCAGCUGAUCAGUUGAUUCCUCCAGCCCCACUCUUCAAUCCCUUUAUUCAGCAGACUGCUCGUGAGUUUAUCAGUAAUUUAGUUGAUCGAGAAGGAUCUAGAUUUCAGAAGGAUCAACUAGCAAACUAGGAACCUAUGGAAAAGAAGAGCCGUCUGAAGCAGAAAAGAAAGAAGAAGGUGAAAAGGAAGUGAAAGAAGCUGAGGUGGAGGCUCCGGAAGAGAAAGAGGGAACUGUUGAAGCUCCGCACAGAGUUGCUGAGGCACCGAAGAAGACGUUGGCUGGAGUGAAGACCGUGUCAAUCCAAAGAAAAGGGGAAGUUGCACCGAACGAGGAAGUGGUAACGACAACGGCCGUACUAAGUGAGGAAGAUCUGGAAGUGGUUCAAUUGUUCAAGAAACUGAAUCUGAGCAAAGCAGAGACGAAAAGCAUUGUGGAGCACGUGGAGCAAGUGGUUCGCGAAGAGUUGACUAAGAAGCUUAAAGAAGCAGAAACCAGUACGACUACAACUACGACUACUACUGCGGCACCAACUAGAACUACAACUGCUUCGGCAACAAUAACGCCUACAGACUGGCCGGAAGAAGUGACAACGACCACUUCUCCAAUGUAAGGGAUUUCAGAAAUUUAAAUCCUUAAUUCACAACUUUCAGCCCUCUAAUGAGAGUUCGGAGUGAGGAGAAUCUGAUUCUUCAGAGGAACAACCUGAAGCACCAUCCGAUCAAACUACAGAGAAAGAAACUUCCAGACGUUUUGGAAUCAGAAGAAGUUUCUCAAGGUUCCAUAAAGACUUCGCUGACCCAUCUGCCAAUUAUUGUGGCGAAUGAGGAGGAGGAUGCGUCCACGCAGAAAGCCACGUUGCACAAGAGGAUCCUGAUUGCAUCUCAGGACCGGGAAAAGGAGAGCGAUAGAGAUUUGUUGGUCGAUUUCGCAACUGGAGCGCCGUUAGACUUGACUGAUAUUGAUGCCCCGAAGCAGAGGUCCGACCCGACCGUCGUCGUCUCAACAUUGCCCACUCCGAGUCCGACGACAACAACUACGAUUCCAGUCAGACCCAUGCCUCAGUCGUUGCCGCCAAGACAGACUCAGGUACUCUUAUCCUAGACCAUCUAACGUGUCAUAUUUUAUUUCUCAAUUUUCAGCACGAAGUGACAAACUUCGAACGGCUGGCCACUGACUACCGUAGACGAUUAGAGCACACCGGAGACAUCAACAAGAUCCUUCAGAAGAUUUCAGAGAACGCUUAUAUUUCUCUUGGUAAGGUAAAACUCCAAGAUUGUGAAUGUAAAAAACUUUCAGUAGAACGUGGAGGCUCCCGCAAACUGUUCGGAAUCUGA